GCACACUUCACAACACUGCAAAACACUGCACCAAACGCCACCUACACAUGCACAACUGUCGCCUUCCCUCCCUCACUCACGAUAUGUGUUUAUAUGAAAGGCUGUCUUCCUCAUGAUGACCAUAAAAUGAUCGUGCGAAUGUCUCUGACUUUUUUUUGGUUUUUCCCGCACAUACGCAUGAACGCACAACGUGCAGCUUUGCCCUGGCGUUGCCACCUGACGUCAUUGAAGACAACCGGCACAGGGCAAAAGCUUUUCUCAGCACCUCAGUUGACUUUCCAGCUCUGUUUUUCGGCGAUCGUCGCACGGCACUUGGCAUUUGGAAUGGCUAUGCACUGGGAUGUUAAAUGCGACGGAUGCGAUAAGACGCACCUGAUCCACUAUCGGUACAAGUGCCUGCGCUGCGCCAAUUACGAUCUGUGCGCGAUGUGCUAUGAGAACAAGGUGGAGACGGGACGACAUAGCAGCAAUCAUCCGUUCCAGUGCCUGCUGGAUCGGGCCGCGCGCGAGUUGUUCUUUGCCGGCGAGGAGAUACCGGAUCUGUGCGCCGACAGCUUUACUUGCCCCUUCUGCGGCAAGAUGGGUCAUGCCGUCAAGGAGCUGGUCAAGCACGUGCAGGCCAAGCAUCGCGGGGACACCACGCCGGUCAUCUGUCCACUGUGCAUCGCGGUGCCCUCGGCGGACACUGUGCGCAUGAACAACCUGGUCAACCAUGUCUCCCUCAUGCACGGCACGGGCAUUUUGCGUAUUGGCGGUGGUGCUGGCAGCACACAGGUGCGCACCACGGGCUUCGAUUUGCCACCGAUCGGACUGGGUCAGGGUCAAAGUCAGGGUCAGGGCCAGGGCUUGGGUCAGGGUCAGGAGAGUGAAAACGCCAGCCAUGGGCUACGCAGCCGCAGUCCACCACCGGAUCCAGCGCGUUUCGGCUUGGCCACCGCCCAAUGGCCAGUGAGCGGUCACAGUUUGGGCAGCAGCGCAUCCCAAGAGGAGGACUUCUAUCCGGACUCAUGGCUACCGGAGCUAAGCUCAUUAAGCGGCAGUAUGCACACCAUGCGGGACACCGAUCUUGAUCUGGGUGGCCUGGUCGAUCAUUCGCAGCAGCUGCGACGUGCCACGCCCCUAUCGCUGCUGCAUCAGGAGCACCAAAGCUUAAGCCAGCGCCUCAACCAGAGCCCCUCCGAGCCGCCGCAUGCAAUUGAAGAGGACUUCAGUGACAUUGAGCCCGAUGACAUUGCCGGCAAUGAGCCGACCUCGUCCAUUUAGUUGAUCCGUCCACCGAGGGUCACUGCAAUUGCUUGGAUUCUUUUUUUUUUCGAGUUUUGUUCAAAAUUCAUGUUUCUGUUGUUACCGCAGGCAAUUGUUUGGCUCACCAGCUGCCAAACACUAGACGCGCUCCUUUCUCAAAUAAAUGAUAUGAGUAUUAAAUUUAAAAA